CCCGCAGGAGUACACGUGCCCGAGGUGCGAGUCCGGCUUCAUCGAAGAGGUCACGGAUGACUCCAGUUUUCUAGACGGCAGCGGCAUAGACGACAGCCCGUCCACGCAGUUCGCAGAGCUUUGGGACCACUUGGACCACACGAUGUUCUUCCCCGACUUCCGACCCUUCCUGAGCAGUGGCUCGCUGGACCAAGACGGCAGGGACAACGAGAGGGGCCACCAAGCCCACGCCGACCUCUGGGGGCCCAGCCGCCCCCCGCGGUUGCCCAUGACGCGGAGGUACCGCUCCCGGGGCAGCUCGCGCCCCGACAGGUCUCCUGCCAUCGAGGGAAUAAUACAGCAGAUCUUCGCGGGGUUUUUCGCAAACUCGGCGCUUCCCGGCUCGCAGCACCCGUUCUCCUGGAGCGGGAUGCUGCACUCGAACCCUGGGGACUACGCGUGGGGACAGAGCGGCCUCGAUGCCAUCGUCACCCAGCUCUUGGGCCAGCUGGAAAACACGGGACCACCCCCGGCCGACAAAGAGAAGAUCUCCUCUCUCCCCACAGUGACAGUAACUCAGGAACAAGUCGAUACGGGCUUGGAGUGUCCCGUGUGUAAGGAGGACUACACGGUGGCCGAGCAGGUGCGGCAGUUACCCUGCAAUCACUUCUUCCACAGCAACUGCAUCGUGCCGUGGUUAGAGCUGCACGACACGUGUCCGGUGUGCAGGAAGAGCUUAAACGGCGAGGACUCGACCCGGCAAGCACAGAACCCCGAGGCCUCAGCGAGCAACAGCUUCAGCAGUGAAAGCCAGCUACACGACCGAUGGACUUUCUGACCUCGGGGGCUUCCUCGGGGGGCUCUGGCCGGAGCAUUCUUACUACAGAUGUACAUUGUAUUAUAAUUCAAACAGAGUAGCAGGAAAUAUAGGGCAGGGGAGGGCACCCACCCCGUGGUAUCAC